AUUCCAAGGUUAAGUGUUCAAAGGAUCGACAGCAAACUUAUCGAAAGAAAACGACAAGAUACACUAGAAAUAUGUCGCAUUUUCAACGAAGAAAACAAACGCGGUCUGAAUGCUGAAAAGAAUUUGAGGUAUAGAAAUAAAAGAAACGUAAAUAACAAUGAACUAGGAAAUACAAAUCUGAAACAAGAAGAUUUGGUAAGAGUAGAACAAAUCGUUGACAAACUGUACGAUGAUUUAGAUUCGACUACAGUGGCUUACCGACGAAGAGUAUUAAUUGAUGUGAGUAAAGAAAAAAAUUCUACCGAAAAUGUAAAUCGAAGAUACAAUUUUGCACCAGCGCAAUUACAGGGAUCUGUGGAGCAUAAAAAUGAACAGGAAAAAGUCCUUUCACAGCCGCAUCUGAUUAAAAUACCAUGGAUUAAAAAAUGGAGUGAUGGCAUCGUGCCUUUUUUUAUCGAUUCUAGAACGUAUGACUCGUUUUUAGUAGGAAUAAUUCUUAAGGCUUUUGAUUAUAUUGAAAAGACAACAUGUAUCCGCCUUCAGCGGCUUCGGGAGAAACCAACAGAUAAGAAGUCCAUGCAAAAUGUUGAAUGGCUCUACAUCACAAAUCCGUCUGGUAUACGACAGUGCGUCCAUACAAAUGAACGUAAACCCAAUUCUGGAGUCCAGGUGGUUGUAUUUGGCUAUGAUUGUCUAUCUCAAGGAGAAAUUACACACGAGAUAAUGCACAUUUUGGGUUUUUCUCAUGAACAUACACGUCCUGACAGAGAUCGUUACAUUACUAUAAUGUGGGAAAAUAUUAAACCUGGCUACAAGAAAUAUUUUGAUGUCGGGAAAGAGGAUUAUCUAUCCAACCUUCCCUAUGACUAUAACAGCGUUCUUCACUAUCCACCUCGAGCAUUUUCUAAAAAUGGACAAGUGACCAUAGUGACAGAGUCAGGUACAAAAAUCGGUCAACGAGACGGUUUCAGUGAAUUGGAUGUAGAAAAAAUCCGCAUGAUAUACGGAGAAGUAUGUGUACAAAGGAAUAUAAACUACUUAUUCAAGACAUGUAAAUCUGCCUCAGAAGCAAACUACAAAGAAACGAAAACUUUGACUGAAGAAGAAAUAAAACAAUACUUCAAGGACAGAAUAUGGCCUUAUGGAAUCAUAAAUUUUAAGUUUAAAGAUGAAACAGAAUUCACUGCAGAAGAAAGAGAAAAUAUAAAAGCAGCAAUUAAUCACAUCCAGAAAGAAACUUGUAUUGAAUUUAGAGAUAUUAAUACAGAAGAUAGAGAUAACAACGAAGUUGAUGAUGAAGUCGACAACGAUGUUGAUGAAUCUACUAAGGGUCAAAAACUCAUAUACAUAAAAGAAAAUAUUCCACUUACUGAUGUGAAUGUAGAAAAGGAAAAUAUGAAAUUAACUAAUGAUGAUGAUACUCCUAAAUUUGCUAAUACAGACUUGGAAAAUGAACCUGAUGAUGUAAAACUGUUGCAAGUUGCAGAAGGCUUAAAAGAAAAUGUUAAGAAAGUUAAAAUACCUCUUCCUCAAUCGUCCUCGAGACGACACGCUGAAAAUGUAAUCAUCUUAAAACGUUCAACAGAACCAGGUUGCAAAUGUCCACCUUCUGGCAGGCCAAAUGGAACCAAGAUCUUUACCAUUAGCACAGAUUGUUUCAACUCUGUAAAUGACUUACUCCAUCUUUUUGUCCAUAUACUGGGAUUAGACCACCAGCAUAACAUGUACGACCGAGACAAAUAUUUGUAUAUUAAUUGGGAUAAUAUGAGUCCAGAAAUACAAAAAGAAAUGCAAAAGACUCUACCGCCUGCAGCAACGGCAGGGUUCGCCUAUGAUUAUCAAAGCGUUAUGCAUUAUCCCUGGAUGCAGAUCAAGGAUGGUGUUACAAAUACGAUGUAUCCUGUUUGGAAUGAUGGUUGGACCAUGGGCAAUUGGCAGGGACUCAGUUGGGCGGAUGUACAGAAGAUAAAUCGCAUUUAUAAAGAACAAUGUGACAAUGCAAAGAUAAGCGAAUAAUUCAAAUUCAUAUAGUAAAAAUAUUAAAAAGUAUCUUAAAGUCUUGACUGUAUGAAAUAUAGUGUGGAAUUUAA